UUAAAUAUGGAGUCCACGUUAGGACGGGGUGGUCCGUGCUCCGGUCCGAGUCUGAAGAACUUGACUGAACCGGGUUUCGGAGUUCCUAAAAAUGAGCAGCAUCCAGCUGUGCAAGAGCUUUGCCGAGCGCACAUUGAUUCGUUUGAUCAAGCGGUCACCGACGGGCUUUGUCGUGUUGUGCAGGCCAUCCCGCCACUGGAGUUCAUGUUUAAGAAUGAUCGUAUUACCCUGGCAUUUGAGGAGGUCACAAUCAGCAACCCGGUGGUCACUAAGGGAACGAUCUGUCGUGACCUGAGAGUUUUCCCUGCAGAAUGUAGGGGUAGGCGCACCACCUACAGAGGGAAAUUAGUAGCAGGUGUCAGCUGGUCAGUGAAUGGCAUUCCCAAAGGGAUUAUCAAGCAGUCUCUCGGUUGGGUGCCAAUCAUGGUGAAGUCCAAGCUCUGCAAUUUGCACGGUCUGUCUCCAAAAGAGCUCAUUGCACAUCAUGAGGAAGCAGAGGAAAUGGGAGGGUAUUUUAUCAUCAAUGGAAUUGAGAAGGUAAUUCGACUGCUGAUCAUGCCCAGGAGGAACUUCCCUAUUGCAAUGGUGAGGCCUAAAUGGAAGAGCAGGGGCCAAGGUUACACACAGUACGGUGUUUCAAUACGCUGUGUAAAGGAGGAACACACAGCUAUUAACAUGAAUCUACACUAUCUGGACAAUGGAACGGUGAUGGUGAACUUCAUCUACCAGAAGGAGCUCUUCUUCAUUCCUCUGGGAUUUGCCUUAAAGGCGCUGGUGGAGUUUACAGAUUACCAGAUCUAUCAAGAGCUGAUCAAAGGGAGGGAGGAGAACUCUUUCUACAAGAACUGUGUGUCAGAGAUGCUGCGCAUGGUGAUGGAGGAGGGCUGCACCACCAGGAAGCAGGUGCUGAACUACCUGGGGGAGAGGUUCCGGGUCAAGAUGCUCCUGCCGGAGUGGUACUCCAAUGAACAGUGCGCAGAGUUCCUUCUGGGGCAGUGCCUCUGCAUUCACCUGAAGUCCAACGUGGAGAAGUUCUACCUGCUGUGUCUGAUGACGCGAAAGCUCUUCAGCUUUGCCAAGGGAGGGUGCAUGGAAGAAAACCCAGACAGCUUGAUGUGUCAAGAAGUGCUUACCCCCGGCCAGCUUUACUUAAUGUUUUUAAAAGAGAAAAUGACAGCUUGGUUAUAUUCAGUGAAAAUUACAAUGGACAAAAAAGCACAGAGAGGCAACUGCACGUUGAAUUCGGACAGUCUUGCGAAAAUAUUCAAUUCAGGGUUUGACCUGACCAGACCCUUUGAGUAUCUCUUGGCCACAGGAAACCUUAAUUCAAAAACAGGGCUGGGGAUGCUGCAGAACUCUGGCCUGUGUGUUGUGGCCGACAAGCUGAACUUCAUCCGCUACCUGUCUCACUUCCGCUGCGUGCACCGAGGAGCGGCUUUCUCCAAGAUGAGGACCACGUCCGUCCGUCGGCUUCUGCCCGAGUCCUGGGGGUUCCUGUGCCCUGUCCACACCCCUGAUGGAGAGCCGUGUGGGCUGAUGAACCACAUGACUGCCCAGUGCAAGAUUGUGUCCCAGGCCCUGAGCACGACUUCCUUCCCUGCGCUGCUCUGCUCGAUUGGUGUCACCCCUGUCGAUGGCACUCCCAGCCAGCCCUACUCCGAAUGCUACCCUGUAGUUCUGGAUGGUGCCAUGGUGGGCUGGGUGGAGAAGGACCUUGCGCCAGCGGUAGCCGACACCCUACGUAAUUUUAAGGUGUUGAAGGAGAAGAGGGUGCCUCCCUGGACAGAAAUUGUCCUGGUGCCCAUGACGGGCAAGGCCAGCAUCUACCCUGGGCUGCUCAUCUUCACCACGCCCUGCCGCAUGGUGAGGCCAGUCCGCAACCUGGCCCUGGGGAAGGAGGAGCUGAUUGGCACCUUUGAACAGCUGUACACAGACAUUGGGAUAUUUGAAGGUGAGCUUGUGCCUGGAGUGACAACACAUCAGGAGCUGUUUCCUCACAGCAUGCUGAGUGUGGUGGCCAACUUCAUUCCUUACUCUGACCACAACCAAAGUCCUAGGAACAUGUACCAGUGCCAGAUGGGCAAACAGACCAUGGGCUUUCCCUUGCAUUCGUUCCAGGAGCGGUCUGAUAAUAAGCUUUACCGCAUUCAGACUCCCCAGAGCCCUCUAGUCAGGCCCUCCAUGUAUGAUUACUACAACAUGGACAACUACCCCAUUGGGACUAACGCUAUAGUGGCUGUCAUUUCCUAUACUGGGUAUGACAUGGAAGACGCAAUGAUUGUGAACAAGGCCUCAUGGGAGAGAGGAUUUGCUCAUGGCUGUAUUUACAAGACUGAGCUAAUAGACCUGGAUGAGAAGGUCAAGGGGGGGGAGAACUCCCUGGUGUUUGGAGUGAAGCCUGGAGAUCCGAAGGUGAUGCAGAAACUAGACGAUGACGGCCUCCCACCAGUUGGGGCAGUAUUGCAAUAUGGAGACCCUUUCUACAGCUACAUCAACAUCAACACUGGCCAGAGCUUUGUUAAUUUUUACAAGAGUAAAGAAAGUUGUGUGGUGGACAAUAUAAAAGUCUGCAGCAAUGACACGGGCACGGGGAAGUUUAAGCGCGUCUGCAUCACCGUCAGAGUCCCUCGCAACCCCACCAUUGGGGACAAAUUUGCCAGCCGGCAUGGGCAGAAGGGCAUCCUGAGCCGGCUGUGGCCCACAGAGGACAUGCCCUUCACCGAGAGCGGCAUGGUGCCCGACAUCCUCUUCAACCCCCAUGGCUUCCCCUCCCGUAUGACCAUCGGCAUGCUGAUCGAGAGCAUGGCGGGCAAGUCCGCGGCCAUGCACGGCCUGUGCCACGACGCCACGCCCUUCACCUUCUCCGAGGAGCACUCGGCCCUGCAGCACUUCGGAGAGAUGCUGAAGGCGGCCGGUUACAACUACUAUGGGACAGAGCGGAUGUACAGUGGGUUAAGCGGCUUGGAGCUGGAGGCCGACAUCUUCAUCGGGGUGGUCUACUACCAGAGGCUGCGGCACAUGGUCUCGGAUAAAUUCCAGGUGAGGACUACGGGCGCCAGGGACAAGGUCACCAACCAGCCAGUUGGCGGCAGGAACAUCCAGGGGGGCAUCCGCUUCGGGGAGAUGGAGCGGGAUGCCCUCCUUGCCCAUGGGACUUCCUUCCUGCUCCAUGACCGCCUCUUCAACUGCUCGGACCGCUCGGUGGCCCAGGUGUGUCUGGAUUGUGGCAACCUGCUGUCCCCUCUGCUGGAGAAGCCCCCACCCUCCUGGUCUGCCACCCGCCAGAGGAAGACGGUCUGCGCUCUCUGCAAGAAGAGCGAUUCCAUCGAUGUUGUCUCCAUUCCUUAUGUCUUCCGCUACUUCAUAGCCGAGCUGGCUGCCAUGAAUAUUAAGGUCAAACUGGACAUUAAGUAGCCCGUCCACUUUUGAAGUACUCAGAAUGGAGGCUGUGGAGGAAACGAGGCCUGUGGCUACUUUUUAAAGGAUUUAAACCUAUUUAACUGGGAUAUGAAAUCAUGUGAAAUACCUUAGCCCAGUCAAUGAAGCAUGGCUUUCCUAGUGUAUAUACGAGACUGACACGUAAUCUGUUUGCUGUAAUAUAUUAUUUUUAUUUUUGAAUCAAAGUAUAUUCUGUGAUAAUAUACUUUCUAUUUAAUAACCUUGUUAACACAGUUUGAUCUCAUCAGCAUCCUCCAAAGUAGAGCAACACAGUUUCUGUAUUGUGAUAAAAAGGUGGAAUGAACAGUGUGUUGUGAAAAACAGAAUAAAGCAAACUUCACCUACUUCAGUCACAGUUAUAUAUUCCAGUGCUGGAACGGCUUUUGCUACAGGCUUGUUCCUUCUCUCUAGAUGAGAUGCUGCCAUGAGCUAAUCAUUUGUAAUCUGCUGCAAAAAGCAGGUUGCUCAGUUUUAACUUAACCUGUGCCCUACAACUAGUGUACUUUUGACAAAUUAUAUAGUAUGCUGAAAAUUAGCACUAAAGAUUCUAAAAUGGAGUAUAUUCCUGAAUAUGCAGUUAAAAGAUUUUCAAGGCAUGCCACAGUAACCGUUGAGAAAAACACAGUUCUUUCAGUGAAAAUGGGAGCAAGAGUGAGGUGGUACCCGCUGGGGAUGUGUAAGAGAGGGAAGAAGCAAAAGAUAUGUUUGCAGCUUUUGAAUUUAAUAUUGAUUUCAGAAAAAAAUAAUUGCCAAUAAAAUUAUUCAAGUUUAA